AUGUUUUCAGGCAAAGGCGUUAACAAUAUUCGUAAGACGGUGGAUUUCUUGAUUGGUAUUAGAAUGGAAACGCAGUUUAUUAGAGAGAUUCUGCUGAGUCACAUGGAGGUUAUUGGUACAAUGGUACUUGCUCUCUGCAAGCACCGACAACCGCUUGUUUUCGUGGGAGAGGAGAUCAGCUGCAGGAGAUUUGAUUGCCUUGUGAAAGCCGGUUUAAACCGCAAUGUGGUUGCAGAGAUCAUCAAGCACGCUCCGAUUGUACUUAACCUGUCUAAAGAUGUCAUAGAGAGAAAGAUCCAUUCAUUGACCGAACUUCUUGGCUAUCCGAUUGAAUCUCUGGUUAGUUUCCCUGCGUAUCUGUGUUACGAUAUUCAGAGAAUACAUAACAGAUUCUCAAUGUAUUUGUGGUUGAGGGAAAGAGAUGCAGCGAAGCCGAUGCUGUCACCGAGCACUAUACAGACUUGCGGUGAUGCUCGGUUUGUGAAGUAUUUUUUCAAUGUCCACCCUCAAGGUCCAGCCAUUUGGGAAAGUAUAAACCGAUUAUCUGCCUGA